ACUUCACUUCAUCACAUGUCCGCACUGACAGCUGUCGUAUACGUGCAAUGGCGGCGAGCAGGAGGCUGGCUAAGCACCGUAGCGAUGAACAACGGCAACAAGUGCAACCUGGGCUCCGGCUACGACAGCCCGAAGGGAAACGUGCCGAUCGGUGGAAUCAGCACCAGCAGCAGCCCCACGAGCCUCAUGAACAAGGAGAACAAGUUCCGCGACGGAGCCUACAGCGCGAGCGGGGAGCGGGGCGUGCAGCAGCAGAAGGCCGGCUCGCAGAUCAACUCCACCCGCUACAAGACCGAGCUGUGCCGGCCCUUCGAGGAGAACGGCUCCUGCAAGUACGGGGAGAAGUGUCAGUUCGCUCACAGCUACCACGAGCUGAGGAGCCUGUCCCGCCACCCGAAGUACAAGACGGAGCCGUGCCGCACCUUCCACACCAUCGGCUUCUGCCCGUACGGGCCCCGGUGUCACUUCAUCCACAACGCCGACGAGCGCCGGCCCGCUCCGGCGGCCAACAUGCAGCCGGGGGAGCCCCGGUCGACCCGCGAGCUGGGCGGCUACAGCCAGAGGGACAGACCCAAGCUCCACCACAGCCUCAGCUUCUCCGGCUUCUCCACCCACCACGGGCUCGAGUCCCCCCUGCUAGGCAGCCCCACGUCCCGGACCCCGCCGCCGCCCCACACCGGCUCCUCCUGCGCCCCCAGCUUCUACGACGAGGUGCUGUCCCCCAACUCUAUGUCCUGCAUCAACAGUGCCUCCGACAUUCCUGUCAUGAUAACAACUUCUGUUAUUUUUCCUGAUCAACAUGACAUUUCAACAAUGAUCUCGCGGAGGAGAACACGCCCGCCGCGACGUCUCAGAACACGAACUCUCAGGUGCUUGUUGCAGAUACAAGACAUUUUUCCGCCCCUCAACACAUGUACAGUCAAUCAAAAUAUCUCUACCUUUGUAAGUGACCCCCAAGAAUUUAGAAAUAGAAAAGGGGUGGGUUUCCUACACUUAAACAUAAGAAGUUUGUUGAGCCGUCACAAACUUGAUCACAUUAAUAUUUUAGUAAACCAAGCCAACCCUGAUAUAUUGGUCAUAUCGGAGACAUGGCUACAUAAAGAUAUAGACGACCAAACAGUGUUUAUUCAGGGAUAUAAUAUUUUCAGAUCUGAUAGGGCCAGCAGGGGUGGUGGUGUAGCUGUCUAUGUUAAAAGCACUUAUUCUGCUGCUAUUUUAAACGCUGUAUCAAUCCCAAAAUGCUUUGAUUUCAUUUCCCUAAAAAUUGACCUUGGUCACAAAAAUUCUAUUAUUGUCAUUGGAGUUUACAGACCCCCUUGUGCCCCGACUAUGGCCCUCAAAAAGAUGGCAGAACUUCUUAUUCCUCUUUCUGACUCAGAACUAAUUGUGUUGGGUGAUUUUAAUUUAGAUUGGUCAACUGAUGCCUCCGAAGCUCUUAAGGAGCUGUCCUCUGACCUGCAUUUUACCCAGCUAAUUUCUGUGCCCACUCGUCCUAAUCUGAAAGACUUUUCUAAAUCAACUUUAAUUGAUCUAAUUUUUUGCAACAAACCGGAAAAAUAUGUUGCAAAUGGGGUUUUAGACUUGGGGAUCAGUGAUCAUUGUCCCAUAAUAUGCAUCCGUGACAUGAGGUUGCAGAAAUGUGGUUCUUGGGUAGUAAUGAAAAGGAAUUUUAAGCUCUUUGAUGAGCAGGCUUCUUACACGACCUUUUUUACAGCGACAUAGCAGAUACUGUCAAAAUACCUGAUGUUGAUCUGGCCCUAAAACACUUCACCACAGCUUUCAACUUAAUAGUUGACAAACAUGUUCCCUAUAAAAAAUGCAGGACUAAGAGCAGAGUCAACCCUUGGUACUGCAAUGAACUUGCAAAACAGCAUUGUUCCAGGAACAAGGCAUGGAAUUUAGCAAGGCAGACAAAUGACCAUUCCCACUGGCUUAAAUUUAGACAAUUGCGAAAUAAAUGCACAUCAGCAGUCAGGAGAGGGAAAGCCGAUUUUUAUUUGAAAAAAUUCACUGAAUCGUCCAAUAGACCAGGUGAUUUCUCGAAAGCAGUUAAAAGUCUAAAAGGAGAGCUCAGUUCAUGCCUGCCUGCUAGCAUUUUAGCAGACUCCACUGUUUUAACUGAACCCUCUGACAUCUGCUCUGCUUUUAACAGACAUUUUACUGCAGCCGGGCACCUUUUUGAUAAUACCGUGCA